AUGAAGGCUGCUACUUCGAAUUCAUCAAGUGUAGGCGUAGUUACAAGGAGUAUGGCUAAGAAACUGCAGGCAUCCUCCGAGACUAGCUCGACACCGCAAAUCAUUGAGAAAGGCUCAUCACCUCUCGUCAACACAGGUGAAGACGUGGAAGGAUCUAGAGGAGGAGCUUUAUCAUCUACGUCCCGUUUGACAUCAAACUACUCUGAGGUGGCCCCCGUCAUGACAACACAUGCUACGGCCAUUGAAGGGCUAACAAAACACAUUCAAGAACAAGACUCCCAAAUCGCGAUAUUGAGGAACAAAGUUGACGGUAGUCACGACAUGGGAAAACAAGGUGAAAAUCACACCGAAGCUGAAACUUCUGCAAGGCGACAUCCAACCGACAGGGAGAAGAGCUCAGCUGAAGAAUUCCAGAUUUCGUCAGAGGGGUUGAUUCCUAUAGACCAAUUGAAGGAGUUCAUCAUGGGAACUAUCAAGAACAAAUUCGAUGAGGGUUCAAAAUCAUCGUCAACAUACACCAAGCCAUACACUCUAAGAGUAGAUGACUUGAAGAUGCCAAUUGGUUACCAACCCCCGAAGUUUCAGCAAUUUGAUGGCAAGGGCAACCCAAAACAGCAUGUGGCACAUUUUGUUGAAACUUGCAACAAUGCUGGGACUUUUGGAGACUACCUCGUGAAACAGUUCGUCCGAUCAUUGAAGGGGAAUGCUUUUGAUUGGUAUACGGACCUAGAGCCGAACUCAAUUGACAGUUGGAGUCAAAUGGAGCAAGAAUUUUUGAAUCGCUUCUACAGCACCCGAAGAACAGUGAGCAUGAUCGAGCUCACAAACUCUCGCCAGUGGAAAGAAGAGGCCGUCAUUGACUACAUUAACCGUUGGAGGAAUUUAAGCCUGAAUUGCAAGGAUCGACUGUCAGAGCCUUCAGCUAUCGAGAUGUGCAUUCAAGGAAUGCAAUGGGGACUCCGAUAUAUCCUGCAAGGGAUUCAACCUAAGACUUUCGAAGAGUUGGCCACUAGAGCGCAUGAUAUGGAGUUGAGCAUUAUGGCUAGUGGAGUUGAGGGACCACCAUUUCAAGAGCCUCGACAGUCCAAAGAAAAACAAGACUUUCGAAAGGGGGUAGAGUUUUCUCUAAGACCUCAAGCAAAGAAUCUUUGGCAGUGA